AUGAACACCCCGUGGCUGGUGCUGGUGCUAGCUCUGCUCGGGGGCCCCCACGCCCUGCACACGGGCCCCCGGGACCCCAACAUCGAUGAGAAUAUGGUCAACGGCGACUGGUUCUCAAUAGCCCAGGCUUCUGACGAACCAAAACUCCUGUGGAAGGACUCACACAUGAUGUUCUUCGUCCGCAAAAUCCACGUAACCCUCAAGACCAUAGAGUUCCAUCUCUACAGGAGAUUCGCAGAUGCUGGCCACAACAUGAUCUUCCUAGAGGAGGUGGACCCCUCUUCACUUCCUCAUCUUCUGCAUCCACAACCACUGGCACAGGAGACGGUGGUGGUGAACCUCCUCAGCCGGACCCCUACCGCGAGCUGUGACGUCAUGCAGAAAUUUAGGAAUGACUGCAAAAGCCACGGGAUUAGCCCGGCCAACAUCAUCAACCUGACCCGAACGGGAAGCUCCCCGUUCCUGGAGACCUUUCCUGGUGUGUCCAAUAAAGGAUUGCCGCUCCGAGACUGA